UUUUUUGUUUUUGUUUUUGUUUGACUGAUUUAUCCGUAAUUUAGUGUGUGUGUGAAAUAGUAACAUCCUCACAUGCCAGUCUCAUAUUAACUAUCAAGUCUGCGUAGAUAAAUUCUUUGGAAACCCACAAAAUAUAUUGGGAUCUGUGUUUCUGGGAUUGUCUGCUUUAUUUUCUUAUUGAUUGAUUGGUUCAUAAACUACCCAUAUGGAUGUCAGCCACUCUCUCAAUCUAGAAUUUCACAAUCUCAUCAUUUUUUUUCCUCUUUAGAUAAAUUCUUUGAAAAUUCAGAAUUUUUUGGGGAUCAGUGUUUCUGGGUAUUGUUUCUUUUGUUCUUUUCUGUUUGAUUGGUUGAUUCAUGGGUCACUCACUGUUCUAUGCAGUUUAUCUGUCAUUCAUUUUUCUUGGUCCAUGUUAUUCUCUCUCUAAUGUAGAUCAAGAGAGAGAUAGGAUCACAAAGUUGCCUGGGCAGCCAAGCAUUGCUGGAUUUGCUCAGUACUCUGGUUAUGUGACUGUCAAUCAGCAAGCUGGGAGGGCAUUGUUUUACUGGUUGGUUGAGUCUCCGACGAGUCGUGGAGCUGAUUCAAGGCCACUCGUGUUGUGGCUCAAUGGAGGGCCUGGUUGUUCAUCUGUAGCUUAUGGAGGUGCUGAAGAGAUCGGACCUUUUCGCAUUCAAUCUGAUGGGAAGACCCUUUACUUGAAUCCUUAUGCUUGGAACAAAUUGGCAAAUUUGCUCUUCCUUGAAUCACCAGCUGGUGUUGGUUUUUCGUAUACAAACACGACAUCAGAUUUAUAUACUGCAGGUGACCAGAAAACAGCUGAGGAUUCAUAUAUAUUUCUUGUCAAUUGGUUUGAAAGGUUUCCACAAUACAAGCAUAGAGAUUUUUACAUUGCUGGGGAAAGUUAUGCAGGUCAUUAUGUUCCCCAGUUGUCUCAAAUUAUAUACCACAGAAACAAGGGGAUUAAGAACCCUAUUAUUAAUUUCAAGGGUUUCAUGGUGGGGAAUGCGGUUACCGAUGAUUACCAUGAUUAUAUUGGGACAUUUGAGUACUGGUGGACCCAUGGUUUAGUUUCGGACUCAACCUAUAGAAUGCUUCAAAUAGCCUGCGACUUUGGAUCUUCUCAACAUCCUUCAAGUGAUUGCGUCAAAGCUCUCACUCUUGCAGAGACGGAACAGGGAAAUAUUGAUCCAUAUAGCAUUUUCACGCGCCCUUGCAAUAAUACUUCAUCACUAAGCCGCAACUUAAGGGGUCAUUAUCCAUGGAUGUCCAGAGCAUACGAUCCUUGCAGUGAGAGAUAUUCACAAGAGUACUUCAAUCUCCCUGAAGUUCAGAAGGCAUUCCAUGCGAAUGUAACUGGGAUUCCUUAUCCCUGGAAAACAUGCAGUGAUAUUGUUGGUAAUUACUGGGCGGAUUCUCCACUAUCCAUGCUUCCAAUUUACCGAGAACUAAUAGCUGCUGGUCUGAGGAUAUGGGUAUUCAGUGGGGAUACUGAUUCAGUGGUUCCUGUGACUGCAACUAGAUACUCCAUCGAUGCUUUGAAGCUUCCUACUAUUACUAACUGGUACCCGUGGUAUGACAAUGGAAAGGUUGGUGGGUGGAGCCAAAUAUACAAGGGACUGACUCUUGUAACAGUAACUGGUGCAGGACAUGAGGUUCCCCUUCAUCGACCUCGACAAGCUUUUAUUCUUUUCAGAUCAUUUUUGAACAACAAGCCCAUGCCAAGCUGAUCCCACUUGCUCUGAUUCAUCUCAUCCAUGACAAAUAAGCAGAAAUUGAUAGAAACUAAUUUCUUUGGGCUGGAAAAGUAAGGAAUAACAGAGCAUUGUCCCUCUGAGUGGCCCCUCCAUUCUUGCCUACCAUGAUUGGCACUACUAUUUUAUUUGUAUUUAAUAUUUUUUCAAGUUUUAGUUUGCCAUUGUUAGGAGAUUCACAUGGAAAGUGAAGUGCAGGAAGAUUUAGACAAUUUGAACUGAACUUGAUUUUUUCUCCUGAAUUUGAAUUCAUAAUAUGUAUAUGAAUUAUUUUCUUUUACAAGGUUUUAGUAAUUGAAAAUGCUCAUGUUAUCAGA